AUGGUUCCGUUCCGUGGCAGAUUGGGGAUGACGUGCAGAGAGCCAGACAGACAGGCAGGCACGCAGACUGGCCCAGCUGCAUCGGGAAGGGGCGAUUGUGUGGAUGCAGAUGGAUGGAUGCAUCGAGACGAGGCUGCGUCAUUGGCUGCGAGUCGGCGAAGGGCGGACGGGGUGGGUGGAUGCGCGGAAUCGAGUGACAGCGCGACAGGCCGAGAUGAGAAACAAGAGAACAACACUAUGUGCGGAAUUACCUACCUUAGUUACUACUUACUACCUAGCACACCAAAAGAUGCUACUUGCAUGCUACAAUAUCUGCUCUCGCUCGCCCUCUCGCCGCCGGGUGCGUCUGGGGCGUCUGCAAACUGCAAUGGGCUGCCCACCAGCUCCAACGGCGGCGCAGCCAAUGGCGGGCCGUUGAUGCUGACCGCAACAACAGGCCGCAUGCAUCCCGGUCACUGUAGCGUCGGCUCUUGGACAGUUGCUCCGCAGCCCCCGUAA